AUCACCGAUCGCGCCGCGUAUUAUAAAAGCUGUGUACAUUCUGUUCUUAAGAACAGUUUCGGUGAAAAUGAGUAACGCACAGCUACGAGCAGAGCACAAGAAAUGGGUGACAUUGACGACGAUAGCAAUCGUCGUCUUCGUCGUUGAUGCGUCUGUUCUGACACAUUUUGACGAAUUAGAAGAAUUAGCAGCUUAUGGUAGUGAUAAUAUUGAACAAGCAUAUACAAGAAGUUAUGUGAAGAAAAUUAAUUACGAAGGAGAUCAAGUAUGGAGGAUCUAUAAGCAUAACGAUUCUGUAAACGAUUUGGUGGAGCAAUACAAUGAACAUGGCUCAUAUUCAAUAUGGUCGAAUCAACCGUCAAACACCGAUAUUUUUAUACGAAAUCAUAUGCUUGGUAACGUCAAAUCGAUACUCACACAUAACAACAUAAAUUAUGACGUUCUAAUUGACAAUGUGGAAAAAGCGAUCAAAGAAGAGAAUCCUCCUCUUUCUAUAGAAAUGCAAGCUGAACUUGAAGGACGCAAAGGUCAUCGAAUGGAAUGGAGCAGUUAUCAUCGCCUGGAUGACAUUCUCGGCUACUUGAAUUAUCUCGCGGACACUUAUCCCGAUGUGUGCUCCGUUCAGACUAUCGGUCAAUCCGUCGAAGGUCGACCCCUCAAGGUGAUAAGAAUUAGCAACGGUAAAACAAAUGCACCGGCGAUAUGGAUCGACGGCGGCAUUCACGCCAGGGAAUGGAUUUCACCGGCUGCUGUGACUUACAUCAUUGAUUAUUUGGUUGAAAAUAGCGAUCAAUUAGAAGUGGACUAUUACAUCUUGCCUGUUGUCAAUCCAGAUGGAUAUGAGCAUACGUUCGUUUCCGAUCGUUUGUGGAGGAAGAACAAAAGGAAGGGCCUCAAUUGUAUGGGCGUUGAUUUGAACAGAAACUUUGGUUAUCGCUGGGGUGGAAAGGGAACAAGUAGGAAUAUGUGUUCCGACAUUUACGCAGGCAAUAAACCAUUCUCCGAGCCGGAAACUGAUGCUAUCCGAAAUUUCUUUGAUGCCAGUUUAGCAAAUUUCAAGGCAUUUUUGACUUUUCAUUCAUAUGGGCAGUAUAUCCUUUAUCCAUGGGGAUAUGAUCAACGUUUGCCGCCUGAUUACAUCGAUAUUGACACAGUAGGGCGUAAUGCAGCUAAAGCCAUGAAGAGUGCAACAAAUGAUAAUACUGUGUACACCGUCGGGAAUAGCGCUAUAACAUUGUAUCCUGCUGCUGGAGGUUCUGAAGAUUGGGCCAAAGCAUUAACCAAAAUUAAGUAUUCAUACACUAUUGAACUACGAGAUGCUGGUAAAUAUGGUUUUGUACUUCCAUCUCGUUAUAUUAUUCCGACUGCCAAGGAAGCGCUUGCUGCAGUGCAAAUAGUUACGGAUGCUAUCAAAACUUCGUAAAUGAAUUGUCUGUUAUGUACAUAAAAUUAAUUGAAGAAUUUUGACUAGAGUAAUAAGCUAGCCAGCUAACUCAUUAUUGUAUAAUAAUUUAAAGAAAUCGAUAACUUUUAACAUUUAUACAUGUUAUUUUAAAUUAAUGUUUUUUGCGACACUUUAUUUCCAUAUAAUUGCAACAUUUCAAUUAACAGUAUAAAAUAUCAAAACAACUUAUUGCACAGUGCAAUAGUUUUGCAUCUAUUGCACUGGUAUUUAUCUGUUAUAAACAAAAAAUAUAUUUACUUCAUUUACUUCACGUCAUAAACAUUAAAUAUUGAAUGUACUAUACACAUGUAAUGUAUCGUAUAAGUUUGAUAAUGGUCAACUUCUGUACUGUUAAACUUGACUGUGUAAAAAUUAUAUUUUACAUUAUUGUUAAUAUUAAAUUUCAAAAUGAUUUUUAU